AUGAGCUCAGCAAUGCCACAGACCAUGACCGCGAAGGCAGGCAGGAGGUGGUCUGUCUUCACUUUCAUCCUUUUGUUCACGGCUGCACACUCAACAUCAUCGCAGCCUCAUUUUGACGCGCGGCACAUGUCCCUCGGACUACCCAACCUGCCUCCUGGGCUCUUCAUCACUUACACCGGCGUCCUAACGGGCUCAUUCCAACUUGAUACGUCCCAGCUCGACUUCGAUGCAGCACAAUGUGCCGGCGGAAGUGGGACAUACUUCUUCGAGGACACGGAAAACUCGACGCUGAGGGUCGGUCUGAAUCCGCCCUCUGUUGAUGCCAACCCAAUCUUCUUCAUGGUCCAACAAGGCGGGCCAACACUCCCACCACCGGGACCGGGGCCAGUGACAGCCUCGCCGACACCAACCCAGGCUCCUACCGAGCCAGCGAGACCGAUGACAUGGACCCCAUCCUUCACCCUAGGCAGGCCGACUGUGAUGCCCAUACCUAUCUUCUCAGCCGUCCCAAGAGCCUUGCAUCCAGACCCCGGGGCCUUGGACAUCAGACAAGAAGCAGAAGACCCGGUCCUCCCGCCGGGACUCACCGGCUCCAGAGGCUUCAAGAACCUCCUCUUCGCAUCUCUGUACACUAUCUGCACACACGACUCCCUACCGUGCGGCAUGAUCCGGGCCGUGGGCCAGGGGACGGAGAUGUACGACCCUAUGCGCAUGCUGGACCUCACACCCCCCGGCCUCCUGGGCGCAGCAACAGCACCCGAGGCCAACGGGGCCGCAUCCUACACCCUGCGCGGCGACCAGUCAACGUGGAUGGGCAACGAGACCAUCGAGUGGUCGGGGCUGGAGUUCUCCCCGCCGGCCAACUACACCCCGGCCAGCGACCCUCCCGAGCCAGAGGCGUGCACGGCACACCGCUGGCCACCGCUGGUGUGGAACGCCACCACGCCGUUCACGUACGACCUCACCUUCUCCAACACGUCGGCCACGAUAUCCCUCGUCCUGACCGCGCCGCUGGGCACGGCCACGCUGCGGCUUGAGGCGGCGCGCGCCCUGGACGACAUGGGCGGCCCUGCCGAGGCGAUCCAGGUCGGCGCCGGGGCGGGGGGCGCGCCGAGGUGGUCGUUUGUGAACGGGACCGGGUUCCACUUUGACGGGGCCACGCCCGUGGCCAACGCCUCUGUUGCGGAUGGCGGGCUCUUCAACGGGCAGGAUGGGCUGGGCAGCGGCGCCGGGGUCGUGCUGGCCCGCUGGGGCGGUUGGUUCCCGGCUGCCGUUGCUGUUGUUUUCACGGCCCUGUUGAUCUGA